AUGGCGGGUAUCGCCCCCGCCUCGGCCGGGCCUGCCUCCCGGGGUCCCAAGCCCCGGUCUGGGCCAGUGAGGGCUCCGCCACCGUCGCGCUCUCACUCGCUCUUCCACAGCCCCCGACCUGCUGCUAAAGAGCGGGGUAGCGGCACGCCCAUUGGCUGCGGCCCGCACUCGCGUCAGCCGCCGACCCGUACCUCGGAAUGUGACUGGCUGGCGCGGCGCCUCUUUUCCACGUCUUGUCCUGAUUGGCUCUCUCGCGCCCCCUUACCAGGAGGACCUCUCACCCUCCGCCUGGCUUCGGCCUCCCACCCCCUCAACCCCGUUUCCAUCCGCGCGGGAGGGGGACGCGAGCGGGCGCGGGUGGGACGCGAACCGCCAAUGGGAAGACGGAGAGAAGGCCGGGAGGUGGGCUCUUCAGCCGGCCGGCCACCGGGGAAAGUUCAGCCAAUCGGCGUGCGCUCCACAUCCCGAGCUCGGGAGCGCCCCCGAUUGGCCGCUGGCUUGCCAGCGGGUCGCGCCCAGAACCACGCCCGGCCUGCCGGUCGCUUGAGAGCAAGCAGUACCCGCUGGAAAGGUGGGGAGGAUGCGGCGAGGCCCGCGCAGGAGACCGUGGGCAGCCAUUGUGGCGUGCUCCCGCAACUGUUUACGUGAGGCCGAGCGCGCCUCUUGGUGGGGCUGACUCCAUUUGAUGAGAGGGGAGCCUUGACUCCGUGAUACCCCGGAACCUCCUCGGGAUGCCCUUUAGAGAGGCAGCCGGGCGUGCGUCUCCAGCCUGGCGGGACUGCGGGCCAAAUGCUUGCGCUUAACACUUCUUCCAGGAUAAUUUCAUACAAAACUUACCUGUGGCCAACCAAAACACACUAAGAAGAUAGAAGUAAAACUUUGCCUCCCCUACAGUUUCUGGUGAUGAGUUUUGGAUUUCAGUAGUUGGGACAUUGACAGAUCCAGGGACAUCUGACAGAAAGCCAGCAGAAGUUGGUCCUAGGCCAUAAGAGCCAAGACUGAGGUUUCCUGCAGGAGAAGGAGUUUUCAAGUCUGCAUCAUAGAGGCCCUGCCUGAGUUUAUUGCCUGCUGACCUACAGAAUUCUCAAGACUGCAGCAUCAACCUGAAUUGCUAGGCUGCCAGCUGGUCCUACAGAUUUCGGACUUGCCAACCCUCCCAACUAUAUGAGACAACUCCUUAAAAGACACACACACGCACACGACCACAUCUCACAUAUAUGAAAAUCUCUUGUUGGUUCUGUUUCUCUGGAUAAUAUCGACUAAUGCAUAUGUCAAACUGUAACAAAUACACACUGAAUUCCUAUACAAGUGUCCAAUUUUCUUGCUAUUAAA